UCAUGGGCGGAGUUUAGUUGAAGAUCGAAUUCGGAUUCGGUUGGCGGGCGCGGCCAUCUUGGUGAAAUAGUGACCUGGCGAUUCGGUUUUAGUUAGUGAAAAAUCAUUUGUCAUCCACAAUGUCGGAAAGGGAAGAUAAUGUGUAUAAAGCUAAGCUAGCCGAGCAGGCCGAGCGUUACGAUGAAAUGGUGGAGGCGAUGAAGAAUGUCGCCUCACGUAACGUGUCAGACAAUGAACUAACAGUGGAGGAGAGGAACCUGCUCUCCGUUGCAUACAAGAAUGUGAUUGGCGCCCGCCGAGCCUCCUGGAGGAUUAUCUCUUCAAUUGAACAAAAAGAAGAAACAAAAGGCGCAGAGGACAAACUCAACAUGAUCCGGGCAUACCGCAGCCAGGUGGAGAAGGAGCUGCGCGACAUAUGCUCCGACAUCCUCAAUGUGCUCGACAAGCAUCUCAUCCCCAGCUCGCAGACCGGCGAAUCCAAAGUCUUCUAUUACAAAAUGAAGGGUGACUACCACCGGUACCUGGCGGAGUUCGCAACAGGCAACGACCGCAAGGAGGCGGCCGAGAACUCGCUGGUCGCGUACAAGGCCGCCUCCGACAUCGCCAUGACGGAACUGCCGCCCACACACCCCAUCCGCCUCGGCCUCGCGCUCAACUUCUCGGUAUUCUACUACGAAAUCCUGAACAGUCCAGACCGCGCGUGCCGGCUGGCGAAGGCGGCGUUCGACGACGCCAUCGCCGAGCUGGACACGCUGUCGGAGGAGAGCUACAAGGACUCGACGCUCAUCAUGCAGCUGCUGCGCGACAACCUCACGCUCUGGACCUCCGACAUGCAGGGCGACGGCGAAUCUGGUGAAGCCGAACAAAAAGAACAAGCACAGGAUGUGGAAGACCAGGACGUGUCGUAAUACUUUUUAACAUUCUAUUUAAAUAUAAUAAACAAAUAACUAUAGUAUCAUGUUAAGACCCAGCCCUCAAUGACAACCGGUUGUAAAGGUAUUCCAGCUCAACUCGCCUCCGGGAAGUUGUAACUCUCGCAUACAUACACUGAGUAAAUUGGCCGUUACAUUCUGACGUACAUAGCAAACAUUCGUUUAUGUAUCGUGUCAAAUUAUCUACUAGUAAUAAUAUACAUUUUAAAUAUGUACUUCUUUUGAUAUAUUCAAUGUUUCGUUUUCGAUUACGAGAAAAAAAAAAUAUAUAAUGUUUAAGAAAAGUACUUUGGUAUUGCAUUUUAUCUGUGUAUGUUCUUAAGAAUGUAUUUUCUUAACGGUUCACUUUGAAUUGAUCUCUAAUGUUAACUCCUUAGCUCCUCCUCUGGAGACCACUGUAUCGGCUGAAGCUAUACACUCCAUCUUCCACCUUCUACCCUGUUAAGAUGGAACUUGUAAAUUUUCUAAGUAUUUUAUACCGCGUGUAAAAUUAAUGUAUUCAAUUCUGUCGUCAAUCGCAUAGUACAAGCACCGCAGCGACGAGUUCAGUGAAGUGUAACGAUGUAUUUACUUUGUAUACACGUAGCCAAGUGUAUGUAUCACGUGGAUGUCAUAGAUUACUCUGUAUCGUAUGUGUCACUGCGUCGAACGGUCUGCACAAAUAGUCACGCGACCGCGUCCGCGUGCCCUUCGUUUGUAUACAUUCGAUCGUUUAUUGAUAUAUUUUAAACGGUAACAUUAUUAGAUGAUAUAUGUAGUUACUCGCAAUAACUGUAGCCGGCGAGCGCCGCCCGCGCCGCCCGCGCCGCGCGCGCUUCGUAUUACAACUUUGGAGUAUUCACACUUGAAUCGCUUUAAUUACUUACGAGUAUUGUGAUAGAGAUUUUGUAUAAUAUUUUAAUUUAUUUUUAAUUUCGCAUGUUUCUCGAAAAUAUCGCUGUAGCGCUACAUCUCUACGAUUAUUGCAGGACAAACGGUAGUUCUAAAGUUGUGCUAGGUUAAGGUUAUGCACUUGGAAAAUUAUUUAUUUGCGAUGUAUCGCCCACUCGAAGACAUUCCAUCUUCAUACCUAAACAUAUGUUGAACUGAAUCUGGCCAAUGUUUGUUCCGACUCCGAGUAGCACAUGCUCCGAGGGCAUGGCAGUGUGCAGCGAGUGCGUGCCCGAGUAAGAUAUUAGCGUUAUUUUUAUUUGAAUUUGUAAUAUUGCAUAUAAUUUUGUUAAUUUAUCCACAAAAAUACUGAUGCAAUUAGCCUUAGUGUUAUGCAAUAUUGAUUUAUGCCCCUUACCAUCUACAUGGAAAUUUAUUGUAAAUGACAGUGUAAAUCUAAUAAUAAAAUUCAAAAGUCCAAAA